GCAGCGAUGACUUCCGUGUGCUCUGUGAUAUCUGAAUCGUGAUUGGACGGCUCUGUCGCAGAGGAUUCUGGGUAUUGGAGGAUUUUGGCAUGUUCUUAGCUUUCGCUAAUGAAUGACCGCAGGCCCUAUGUCAGCCACCGUUAUUCUCGCCGCCGUAGUUGGCGGUGGGAUCAUUUUCAUAGCCCGUCGAUUGUUUUUCAGACGGUCGUCUGCAAAGUUACUGCGAUUUCCAGCUGAUACGAUGAAGGGAAAAACCAUCAUAGUGACGGGAGCGAACAGCGGCAUCGGGAAGGCCACUGCAGCGCAGUUGCUGAAGCUCCAGGCCCGUGUCAUCAUGGCCUGUCGGGAUGAGCGGAGGGCCGAGGAGGCCGCCCGUGAGAUACAACAGGAGGCAGGUCCAGAUCGGGGACAGGUGGUCAUUAAACGUCUGGACCUGGCUUCCCUUACGUCCGUGCGAUCCUUCUGUGAAGAGAUCAUCAAGGAGGAGCCGAGAAUCGAUGUCCUCAUCAAUAAUGCUGGGGUCUUCCAGUGCCCCUACACUAGAACGGAGGAUGGCUUUGAGAUGCAACUUGGAGUCAAUCAUCUGGGCCACUUUCUACUUACCAACCUCCUGCUAGACCUCCUGAAGAAGUCAGCACCCAGCCGCAUCGUCGUGGUGUCUUCCAAGCUGUACAAGUAUGGCCACAUCAACUUCGACGACCUCAACAGCGAGCGUAGCUACAACAAGGCCGCCUGCUACAGCCAGAGCAAGCUGGCUAAUCUGCUGUUCAUCCACGAGCUGUCCAGGCGGCUCAAGGACACCGGCGUGGCAGUCAACGCCCUCUCACCAGGCAUCGUGAGGACACAACUGGGUCGACACGUCCAUAUCCCCUUCCUGGCCCGGCCCAUCUUCCACCUCAUUUCCUGGACAUUCUUCAAGACCCCUGUAGAGGGUGCACAGACCCCAAUCUACCUGGCCUGCUCGCCUGAUGUGGAGGGCGUCCAGGGGAAGUGCUUUAUCAACUGUGAGGAGCAGGAGCUGGUCCCAAAGGCGACAGAUGACGAAACGGCCAGGAGGCUGUGGGACGCCAGUGCUCUCAUGGUGGGGCUCACAAAAUAACGAUUGUGUUUGUGUGAGUCCAGUGACUGCCUUAAAAUCAUUACCAGGACUCAUGCUAAUUCCCAGCCCAGGCAAGGACCACCCCUGAUGCCGACUGCAUUGCCAUUUAGCUCAGGUUAAAACAAAAAAACAGUUUGAGGCUUACAAAUAGAAUUCUAAUAAUUUAUAAGGAUAUUAAUUAAUACUAAAAGCAGUGUGAUGGUUGAAGUAUUAAGGCUCAAAUGAGUUCCAAAAGACCUAAUAUUAUUAGUGAAAUAGGUAUGUGUGAUGAUGGUUUAUGCUACAGUGUUACAGGACAUAACUCACACAAUAUACAUGACAUUAAGGCCAAAUGCUUCAGUCACAGUGAUCUUGCUCUGAACAUCAUAGUUAAGUAUUAUUGUAUUAAUGAAAUUGUAAUAUACUUAAGUUAUAACGUUAUUGUGUGUGUAAAUAUAUUAAAUAUAUUUUCCAUUGUA